CUGCACAAAUCCAGGACUUUCGCACUUGUAAACACAAGUGACGGUCAGCGGCGUUCAGAAUCACACAGAUGCCUGUGAUUGGCUGUUGCGUAAUAAGAUUGCGCGACGUUUAUCUCGAAUCGAACACACUUGCACUUUAAAGAUUCACCACAAAGUGUCAAAUUCACGAACACAAAAUAUCAAGAUGAAUGUGUUGCGAUGUGUACUUAAAGAUUUAUAGUGAUAUUAUUAGUGAGGAAAACAAAAGGGAACCAGCAAGUAUCAUUCAAGUGGAACACAAACAUUACUCUUCAAUGACAAUCUAGUGUUUUGAAACACGCUACAAUCUGGAAAGUUGUAUCAGUAACAUACUUACAUAAAUAUGCAGUUCAUGUGGCCUUCUUAUCAUUGCGUGUCAUUUUGUACCUCCCUCUCUACUUUUUCCUUCACGUUAAUUUAUUAAUAAAUAGUUUCUUAGAAACAAUUUCUCAUAGAUUUAUCCUCAUCGUGGUUAAAAGCACCAUUUGCGGUCUAAUGCUAAGUAGAUGUAGCGUUAAAACCGAGUGUAAGAUUGCAAAGUUUUUAAAAUGUAAGAAAUAUCUGACGCAUACGUAAGAUGACAUGUGUCAGUGAAAAAGAAAUAAGUAUAUUAUAUAUUUUGUGAUCACACAAAAGCAAUAUUUGAAGUUUUUCUUGCUAAAUCUGCAGUUCUUUCUGCAUGAAAAUUGUGUAUAAAAUAAAAAGGCUUUGAACACACACAUACAGAACAGUAUAUAGAGUAAAGCAAUUUCGUCAUUCUUUUAACGUGGACAAAUUGCUUGUAGAACACGUGUGUAUUUUGUUUUUAUUAAGAGGUACUUGAGGUUUCUGUGGAAGAUACACAAUUUCAACAAAAUAUUUUUAACGAUAUAUCCUACAGAACUUUAUUAGUGAUAUUAUGGAAGAAUAUUUUAAGUAGAAUCAUGAGUCAAGAUAAAAAUUGUGUUAAACUGAGUGAAGUAAGUGACAAGUUCACAGAAGAAACACUGAUGGACAUCCUCUGUAAAGCAAACAAUGGGAAAAAAGUGCAGCUUACAGAUUGGAGUUUUGGCGACGGGUUUACCAAAGGUGACAGUUACAUGUCAACUGUUUACAAAGGCACAGUAUACGGUGUCGUGGACGAUGAUCCGAAGCAAAAUGUGCAAGUACAAUUUGUUGUCAAAUCCAUCCCGAAGAACGUUGCCAGAAGAAAGACUUUUAGAACUGCAGAUUUAUUUCGUAAUGAAAUUGCGUUUUAUACACAGGUGGUUCCUAAAUUUGAGGAGUUUUUGGCUGAAAGAGGACAAAGUGAUUUGCUGCGAAUACCACGUCACCUAGUUUCUUAUAGCGAUGGCGAGAACGAUUUCAUCGUUUUGGAAGACGUUUCUCCCUUGGGAUACAAACAAGCGUCUCGCCAGAAUUGUAUAAACUUUGCGGAUUGCACUACAAUUUUGAAAACAUUAGCGAACUUUCAUUCGGUCUCAUUUGCGUAUAGAGAUCAGAAGAAGGAAGAGUUUGAACAGAUUGCAGAUUGUGUGGAAGAAGUCUAUUAUUUUCCUAGUAACUGGAGCUGGCAUGAAAAAUUUUAUACAAAUCUAAUCAACAUAGCUAGAAACGCACUAGCAACAGAAUAUCCUAAUGGCAAUGCUGACAAACGAUUCAAUACCUACGAACCUCGCACGAUUUUUGACAUAUGUUGUAAAUUGUGUCAGAAAAAACAUGCUCCCACGUCUGUGAUAACGUCAGGCGAUUGUUGGGCUCCAAACUUCUUGAUCCGAGACGUCGGACAUGAUCAAAAGGAAGCGGUGAUGCUCGAUUUUCAGCUCGCGCGUUGUUCAAGUCCUGUGUGUGACUUGUCCCUCUUAGUUUAUUGCUGCACCUUCAAAUCAUUUCGUGAUCAGUAUUUCGACGAUAUAUUGAAGAUCUAUCACACUGAAUUAAGCAGUGCCAUUAAAUCCCUUGGAUCGGAUCCGGAGAAAAUUUAUCCUUGGGACUUAUUUAAGAAAGAAGUGAAGGAUCAUUUUAUCUUAGGGUUAGCAUUCUCGCUCGAGGUUGUUUCGUUUUGUGUACUGGAUUCGUCCGAAACGUUUGAUCCAGAUCUUAUGAAAGGCGAAGAAGCUUUAAUUACUGGUGACGUAUGGGUACUAGACAAUAUCGAGACAUCAAGUGGGAGACAGAGAGUGGCAGAUAUAAUAGUCCAUGCUGUCGAAAAUGGAUAUAUGUGACAAUUUAUGUUA